GGAAUACAUGUGACUAACUUUUUAAUGAGAGACAAAAGUCGCUUUUUAUUGGUCACACAGGGGAAGAAGAGGAGAGAGGAAUCCAUAAAACUCGCCGGAGCCGUACAAGAGAAGACCGUACGCCCGUUCGUUCGUGAAGAGAAGGAAAAUUCUUAAGAUUCGACGGCUCUGAUCAUCGAUCUCCUUUUCAAUUUCAUUUUUCCGGCGAGUUUCAGACUUCUCUCUCGAAAGCUUUACGGAAUAUGGGGCUCUCUUUGGUGGAGGGUCUCUACAAGUCUCUUGCAUUGACAGUGCUCUCUGAGAUCGGGGACAAGACGUUUUUUACGGCAGCUAUCUUGGCAAUGCGUCAUCCUAGAAGGCUAGUCUUGGCCGGAUGCCUUGUUUCUCUAAUCGUGAUGACCAUUCUUUCAGCUCUUCUAGGUUGGGCAGCACCAAAUCUUAUUUCUCGCAAAUGGACUCACCAUAUAACAACCAUUUUAUUUUUUCUAUUUGGACUUUGGACCCUGUGGGAAGGAUUCACUGAAGAAGGAGAGAAAGAACUAGCUGAAGUGGAGGCAAAGUUGGAUGCUGAUUGGAAGGCCAGCAAUGGUACGGCUAAAGCAGGUUCAAAGAUUGAUGAUGAUUUGAAAAAGAAACAGCGACCAUUUCUUGCACAGUUCUUUUCGCCAAUAUUUCUGAAGGCAUUCUCCCUGAAUUUCUUCGGCGAGUGGGGUGACAAGAGCCAGAUUGCAACAAUAGGGUUAGCCGCUGACGAAAACCCACUUGGCGUGGUUCUAGGGGGGAUCAUAGGGCAAGCGUUGUGUACAACUGCAGCUGUCCUUGGAGGCAAGAGCUUAGCUUCUCGGAUUUCUGAGAAAAUGAUUGCACUAUGUGGUGGAAUACUUUUCCUGAUUUUUGGUAUCCAAUCAUUUCUUACUCCCAUUGGAGACUCAUAACUAGUCGAUCAUCCCCAGUCCACUUCUAUCCAUGAAAAUGCUGGGCAUUGCAAGGGAGAAACAUUUGUAAGACAGCUAUUGAGGCUCUUAUUACUUCCCUGCCCUGACCUGGCUAUUCAGUUAUGCUGUAACUGGUAUUAGAUUUUUUAGAUACUUAUCUAGGCACACAGGAAAUUACUUUUUUUUUUUGGUUCUCCUUACAUUGAUAUGUGUCAGUACUUUAAGGUAUUUAGGUUUUGGGUUAGAUUUCUCAUGCUUGCCGGUGUGAUGGAUAUACUGUCCAAGGAGUAAGUUUGAAAAAUAAGUAGUGGCAAGCUAUUUUUGAUGCCAGGAGUUGAGUUUCAUGGAGUGUCAUGGAGGGGACUCAAUACAUAAGGCCUGGCAACUUGGCGAGUUUUUGGGGGACGUGGAGCAAGGCGGCUCAUUUGAACCAACGGCAUCCCCUCAGAGAGGAUGUAGAAAGGGUGAUUCUUUUGAGAAACCUUUAAACAGUUCUAGUUUAUUUUGAAAUGGUUUUUAAAAGUGGUGGUACAGUAUAAUUUAGAUACCAUUUUCAAAUUUGAAUGUGCA